GGCGACGGAACUUCUGGUCAAACCCGGAAGCGGCUUUGGCCUGCUUAUUUUUCACCCGCGGAGAAAAUGGACAUUCUCAAGGCGGAGGUGGAGCGGAAGCGGAAGCUGGUGGAGGAGAAGGAGCUGCUGGCGGGAAAUAAGAAAUAUUUCAAGCGCAGUGAGUUGGCCAAGAAGGACGAAGAGGCAUAUUUCAAAAGAUGUGGAUAUAAGGUCAGCGAUGAGGCCGGAAAGGAUGACAACCCAGCGGCUUCAAAUCCGGUGCUGGAGCUGGAGCUGGCGGAGGAGAAGCUGCCCAUGACUCUUUCCAGGCAAGAGGUCAUUCGGAGGCUGAGGGAAAGAGGGGAGCCCGUCAGGCUCUUUGGGGAAACGGAUUACGACGCCUUUCAGCGGUUGCGGAAAAUAGAAAUCCUGGCCCCAGAAGUGAACAAGGGGUUGAGGAACGACCUGAAGGCAGCCUUGGAUAAGAUCGACCAGCAGUACCUGAACGAGAUUGUGGGGGGGCAGGAACAAGGCGAGGAUGAUGCCCAGAAUGACCUCAAGGUCCACGAGGAGAACACAACCAUUGAGGAACUGGAGUGUGAGGCGUUGGGAGAAUCCUUAGGUCGAGGGGACGACCACAAAGAUAUGGAUAUCAUCACUAAAUUCCUGAAGUUUCUUCUCGGAGUUUGGGCAAAGGACCUGAAUGCGAGGGAAGAUUAUUUGAAGCGGGGCGUUCAGGGGAAGCUGAACAGCGCCACCCAGAAGCAGACGGAGUCGUACCUGAGGCCUCUCUUCAGAAAACUCCGUAAAAGGACUCUGCCUGCAGACAUCAAGGAAUCCAUCACGGAUAUUAUCAAGUUCAUGUUGCAAAGAGAAUACGUGAAGGCCAACGACGCCUACCUCCAGAUGGCUAUUGGGAACGCCCCCUGGCCCAUUGGUGUCACCAUGGUUGGCAUCCAUGCCCGUACCGGCCGCGAGAAGAUCUUCUCCAAGCACGUGGCCCACGUUUUGAACGACGAGACUCAGAGGAAAUACAUCCAGGGCUUGAAGAGGCUGAUGACGAUUUGCCAGAAGCACUUCUCCACCGACCCCUCCAAGUGUGUGGAGUACAACGCCUUGUGACCACACACACACCCCCGCCGCAACCCCCUUCCGGCUCUGGGGGCACCCAGGGAAGGCGGGAGAGCGACAUCCUUUGCGAAGGACUUUGCCUCCACAGCCGGGGAGAAGCAGCUGAAGUCACCGUGGGUCAAGUUCGGCCUCUCUUUGGACUUCAACUCCCAGAAUUCCCCAGGCGGCCAUGCAGUUCUGGGAGUUGAAGUCCACGGAUCUUCCUGUGCCAGAUGUAACAAAACACUGUCUUGACGUUCUGGUUCCCACAGCUGAAGCUUCUAUCGACUUGUAUAUAUCUUCUUCUUGUUGUUGUUGUUGUAUAGUUUUUGUAGGAAAUCGUCUCUCAAAACAAAAUCUUGUAGGGGGUCACAGGAGAUGAGAUCAGAGAAGCGAUGUCCGUGGGAAGCCAUGUUAAUUUAUAGAAGAGGGUGGUCUUAUUAUGCAGGAUGACAGAUAGACUUGAAAAGGAGGGUUAAUUUCAUUUUUUUAAAAAUCCAAAUCUAUGAAUAAAACCCGUGAUGGCAAAGCUGUGGCCCACAUGGACCCAUAUUUUCUGGCAAACCAGCCGUAAGCUCCGAUGCACAUCUGCACGCCAGCUAGCUGGUUUUCUGCCCUUCUGGAGUGCGGGGGAGACAGUUUUCGCCCUCCCCAGGCUUCAGAAAAGCCUCUGGCGCCUGCGGGGGAGGCAGGGCAUUCUCAUGCGCAGAUAGGUGGGGAGGAUUGAAUGGUGUGGGCGCGGGGGGCAAUUUGGCAUGCCGUCAGGAAAAAGGUUCCCCAUCACCGAUUGCCUAAACAAGAUUCGUAAAUGUGCAAGACUCGUAACUUGCAAAUUGAAGCCUGUUUUAAAACAAGCCGCAUUGUUUGAAAGUUUGAUCCUGUCCCAUCGGAACAAACUCUGAUUCUGGGUUCAAAUCUAAAACACACACACCCCUCCUCUUUUCUUUCUCUAUUUUCCCCCAUCACCUGCCGGUUUGUGUUGUGGUUUGUGAAACCUGGAAGUCCGGCUUAAGAGGAGCCUCAAACGUUGCCAGAAAAGUUCGUAAUAGCCCUCUUGAUCCUUUUUAAAGGGAUUUUUUUUAAAAAAAUAGCUAUUACGCAUUACGGGCAAUAAUAAUUCUGAUUAUUAGGUCAGCAAGGCGGUCUUCUGGGAAACAGGGAAGAGGCUCAUCUAAAGGCAGUUUUUAAUCGCCUGGCUCUGCAGAACCAGCAAAUAUUUACAUUCGCUCUGCAUUUCUUAAUUAUAAAGUUACUUCCUCCCAUUA